GAGGGCCGCAUCUGAUCUGGUCAGCGGCCCGAGUGUUUGUGUUCGAGUUCCACUCCUUCUGUCGCUGUCCUGGUCUAGGUUCUUGCCGUACAUUUGAUUUGUACAGUACGGAUGUCAUGACCCUCGUAUAAAUCAUCGGUAUUGUUGCACUAAUAUAAUUAUAAUAAACUAAGGCAGUUAUUUAACAAAUUGCCGUGGAAAAGGGAACGCACUGCAGAAUAAAAGACAUUUCAGAGCUGCGCCAGCGACUUACUGUGGGGGGGAGAAAGCAUGCUCGUUCACCUCAGUGAGUGACAUUUCCCCCCCCCCCCCGCCUUCCUCCCAUUCACUGGAAGAAGUCAGAGUCGAGGCUGAAGAUGGUCUGAUGGACCGCCGCUUCUUGCUGACCUUUGCCUUCUGCUCUUGCUCGUGGGUUCUUUUCUGGGAGUUGCGCUGGCGGAAGAGCAAAGGAAGUCAGAUUGAAGAAUGGCUCCAGGGGCAGGGCCUCUCUGAGUACAAGCACUUGUUUGAAGAUGUGCAAACAUUGGAGGAGCUGAGCCUGAAUGUCCUGACCCGACUGGAGGAGGUGGUGCAGGAGCGCCGGCAUUGGCGGGACAUCGCCGAGGCCCAUGUGCAGCUGCUGCGCGACUUUGCCUUCCAGGAGUGGCUGUGUUCCCAGAGCCUGGAGCACUACUACCACACGCUAAAGACCCUGGGCUGUGCAAACCUCGAUGAUUUAGCCAAAUUUGACAGCCGGCUGCAGCUCUCCCUGGCUGCCUGGGGUUACUACUACGAAGAUUACAUAAAGCUAUCCUCUGGCGUGAAGGUUCUUCAGGCCUCCAAGGGGCACCGCAAUCAGGAUUACGAGAUCCAGCUGGUGCACAGCCUGGCAGAGCGGCAGCUGAAUGAAAAGUGGUCAGUUGCAGGAGCACUGAUAUUUGGCUGUACUGUGGCACUUUGCUUUCUGAUACGAGACCUCAUGUUUUACGUGAUUGGUGGAAUUACUGUUUCCAUCAUAGCGUUCGUCUUCACCAUUAAGUUCCUGUGCGAACUCGCUGCACGGGUGGUCAGCUUCCUGCAGAAUGAGGACCGAGGACGACGGGGCGACCGCAGCAUUUAUGAUUAUGUGCGGGGCAACUACCUUGACCCGCGUUCAUGCAAGGUCUCUUGGGACUGGAAAGACCCACAGGAAGUGGGGCAGACCAUGAGCUUCCGGGUUCAACUCUUCUACAAGAAUGGGCAGCCUUUUCCAGCACACCGCCCCGUCGGCCUGCGGGUCAACAUUACCCACGUCGAGCUGGCCCUGGACAUCCCCGUCACUCAGGAGGUGCUGCAGGAACCUGAGGCCAACGUGGUCAAAGUGGCCUUCACGGUGCGCAAGGCCGGCCGCUAUGAGGUGGCAGUGAAGCUAGGAGGCCUCAAUGUGGCCUACAGCCCUUACUACAAGAUAUUCCAGCCUGGUGUCGUGGUUCCGUCUAAGACAAAGAUUGCAUACCAUUUCUCUACGCUGGUGCUGACCCACGGCCAGCAGCACACCCUGCAGAUCGAGCCUCGUGACGAGUAUGGCAACCCCACCAGCAACUCAGCCUCUCUGGCAGACGAAGCCAACUACAGCGUGAGCGUCCACCCGCUGGGCUCGCAGGAUGACGAUGGCUCGGAGGACUACUACAGUCAGUCAGUGUCUUCCAACAGGCAGCUGUGUCAGGUACAGCUCCGGCUCACCCUCAGGAAGAAGGGCUGCUUCCGGGCCCGCAUCUCCUACCAGAACCAGCCCCUCAGUAACGGCGAGUUUGACAUCAUCGUGCUGAGCGAAAAUGAAAAGAACUGUGUAGAGAAGCAUGUCUCCACCCCAGGGACAAGCAUGUACUUCGAGGCAUACCUCUACAGCAUAGGAAACUACAGCAGCUCAACCUGGCAGCUCCCUGCAUCCUCGCUGCUGGCACCACAGAGGCGGCCCUCCACAGCUGAUGAGGAGGAAGAUCACGACUCACCCGUGGAGGGCCAGCCUGAGAAAGUCAAGAAACCAAAAAAAGUCUACUGCUACAUAUCACCAAAGCAACUUUCAGUGAAGGAGUUUUACCUGAAAAUUAUUCCCUGGCGUCUCUUCACCUUCCGAGUAUGCCCAGGUACCAAGUUCACGUACCAUGGACCAGACCCCAUCCACAAGUACUUGACACUGGUGGUGGAUGAUGGAAUUCAGCCUCCUGUAGAGCUUAGCUGUAAAGACAGGAACAUCAUGGCUGCCACCUUCAUCCGCUUCCUCCACAAAAACAUUGGCGGUUCAGAGACUUUCCAGGACAAAGUGAGCUUCUUCCAGCGGGAACUCAGGCAUAUGCACUCGAAGCGGCCCCGCACCAAAACAUGCCUGAAGGUCUCCCGGCAUGCCCUCCUGGACUCGUCUCUGAAAGCCACCAGGAACUUCUCUGUGUCUGACUGGAGCAAGAACUUUGAGGUGGUCUUCCAGGAUGAGGAAGCUCUCGACUGGGGGGGUCCCCGGAGGGAAUGGUUUGAGCUCAUCUGCAAAACACUUUUCGACACAUCCAACCAGCUCUUCACUCGCUUCAGCGACAACAACCAGGGCUUGGUGCAUCCCAACCCUGACCGGCCAGCCCACCUGCGGCUGAAGGUAUAUGAGUUUGCAGGCCGGGUGGUGGGAAAGUGCCUGUAUGAGUCAGCGCUGGGCGGAGCCUACAAGCAGCUUGUUCGAGCCCGCUUCACACGCUCCUUCCUGGCUCAGAUCAUCGGUCUCAGGAUGAACUACAAGUACUUUGAGACGGAUGACCAGGAGUUCUACAAAACCAAGGUCUGCUUCAUCUUAAACAAUGACGUCAGUGAGAUGGACCUGGUGUUUGCUGAGGAGAAGUACAGCAAGUCUGGCCAGCUGGAAAAGGUCGUGGAGUUGAUUUCUGGAGGUGCUCAGAUUCCAGUAACCAAUGAGAACAAGAUGCACUACCUGAACCUCCUGGCCCAGUACAGGUUGGCCACUCAGGUACGAGAUGAAGUGGAGCAUUUCCUCAAAGGCUUAAACGAACUCGUUCCGGAGAACCUCUUGGCGAUAUUCGAUGAGAAUGAGUUAGAGCUACUGAUGUGUGGCACUGGAGACAUUAACGUGCAGGAUUUCAAAGCCCACGCAGUCAUUGUUGGUGGAUCGUGGCACUUCCGGGAGAAGGUGAUGAAGUGGUUCUGGGCUGUGGUGUCUAGCUUCACUCAGGAGGAGCUGGCCAGAUUGCUGCAGUUCACUACGGGCUCCUCUCAGCUACCCCCUGGAGGCUUCAACACCCUCUGCCCUUCCUUCCAGAUCAUUGCUGCCCCCACCCACAGCACACUACCUACCGCACACACCUGUUUCAACCAGCUGUGCCUCCCAACAUAUGACUCCUAUGAGGAGCUGCACAAGAUGCUGAAGCUGGCCAUCAGCGAGGGGAGCGAGGGAUUCGGCAUGCUGUGAGCUGGGCCUCCCACCGCAGUCACGCUCGUUAGCUGCCCGGCACCUCUGUCCCUUUCUGUCAAGGGAAGGGCGCCCCUGCGGGACUGAUGCCCAAAGUCCCAGAGUCCUUCACCAGAAGACACAUCUACAGGGAGUCUUAAGAAUGCCUUUGGGCUCCAGGUGCAGGCGAGCAGCAUGUACAUAUGAGUCUCUUUUUCGUGGGAAACAAUGGCUUAGUGUACAGAAAAAUGUCCUUGUGAAGUUUAAUUGUAGCUGCUAUAGAUGCUUAGUUUGCUGUGUUUGAGGGAGUGCGCUGAGGGUGCUGCGUUGCCGCCGGGCUCAUUUUCAAUGCCCAAGUGCAGCAUAUUAAGCACUUGACCUUUGCACCAACUAAGCUGGGGAACUUCGGAGUAACAGAAGCGAGCUAGCUGGAACGCAGCUAUUUUGUGCACCCUGAGCACUUUGGCCUUAACCAGUCUGGGAGGGAACUGCUCUUAUUUCGUUGCUUUGUGUGUAAUUUUUUGUCACGACUGACAGCCUGAGGGCCAUUUCUUUUUGCUAAUGGGGAAGAAGAAAGACAGUAACGCACUUGUAGUUUCAAGCAGUGGAAACACCAGUUUUUGUUUGUACAGAUGGUCCCUGACUUACGAUGGGGUUACAUUUUGCGAAACCCAUCGUAACUCAAAUAUC